AUGGCGGCUGUAUCCCUUCUUACCGCGAUCGAUGCGACCUCUCACAUCCACCUUGUUGUCGGUUCUAAUCCUCUCGCAGUAGCACGAUGUGCUAAAUCUCUCGAGGUCGGCGCAAAGCCUCUUCUUAUCGCCCCCGCAGGCGCAGAGCUACAUUAUGCCCUACAGAAGAGGAUAGACAAUGGAGAGAUAGAAUGGUUGAAGAAGACAUUCGAGGACGAGGAUCUAAUGCGAUUAGGAAGAGAAGAGAUCAAUUCUGUCGUGGAUGCUGUUUUUGUUACGCUUUCUCCGAGGGAUCCAAUGAGUUCACAUAUAUCCAGAAUCUGCAAACAAAACCGCAUACCUGUCAACGUGGCAGAUUGCCCUUCCCUUUGCACAUUCAGUCUUCUCAACACACACACCGACGGCCCACUUCAAGUAGGCGUAACAACAAAUGGUCACGGCUGUAAACUCUCGUCCAGGAUACGAAGAGAAAUCGCAUCAUCUCUCCCUCCAAACCUAGGCGCGGCAUGUACAAGACUGGGCAAAAUCCGAAGACUCAUACAGGAGGAAGAUCACCUCACACAUCUCGCGCUCAUAGGGACACUUGAAGAAGACUCCACAGACCAAACAAGCGCAUUCAACGCCCUCGUUACAGAAGCCGACCUCGACGCCGCGAAAAGCAGACGUUUGCGCUGGCUCUCUCAGAUCUGCGAAUACUGGCCUCUCCGCCGCCUUGCAAACAUCACAGACACAGACGUCGAUUCAGUCCUGAAAUCCUAUGCCACGAACCCAAGUACAUCCACGCCCCUGCUAGAUAGCACACAGCUCGAGAAACGCGGCUGUAUCAUACUAGCCGGCAGCGGCCCCGGACACCCCGAUCUUCUAACCAGAGCAACACACAAAGCUAUUCUCAGCGCCGACCUCAUCCUCGCCGAUAAACUUGUCCCCUCCGGCGUACUCGACCUCAUCCCCCGCCGCACACCAGUACAUAUCGCGCGGAAAUUCCCAGGAAACGCCGAGCUUGCGCAGCAAGAACUGCUCUCUCUGGGGCUAACAGGCCUGCAAGCUGGGAAGACAGUUCUGCGACUUAAGCAGGGAGAUCCGUACAUCUACGGUCGCGGCGGAGAGGAGUUUGAGUUCUUUAGGAAGGAAGGAUUUGGAGAUCGGGUUUCUGUCUUGCCAGGUAUAACAAGCGCGUUGAGUGCGCCGCUGUUUGCGCAGAUUCCGGCGACGCAGAGGGGGAUUAGUGAUCAGGUUUUAAUAUGUACCGGGACAGGUAGGAAGGGGAAGCCAAGUGUACCGCCUGAGUAUGUGGAUUCAAGGACAGUUGUUUUUCUCAUGGCGUUACAUAGGAUCUCAAGCCUAGUAGCGGAUUUAACGACGUAUGAUAGUAUAGAUGCGCAGAUUGUGGAUAAAGAGGGGGUACUAGAUACAAGGAGGGCUUUGUGGCCAACAGAAACGCCGUGUGCGGUUGUUGAAAGGGCGAGUUGUCCAGAUCAGAGGGUUAUAAGGACAACGUUAGAGUUUGUAGCUGCUGCUAUUGAGGAGGAGGGGUCGAGGCCGCCGGGUUUAUUAGUAAUAGGGAACGCGUGUGAGGCGUUGAUUGUAGGAAAGAAAGAGAGAAAAUGGGUUGUCGAGGAGGGGUUUAAAGGGUUUGAGGAGUUUGUAGGAACAGCUGGAAUCAAGGAGUCGGUUAGUUGCGAGAAAAAAGAGAGUGUAGAAGGAAUAGUGUCAUGA